AUGGUGACUCUGCCAAACAAGCGCCAGCAGGCGCGGAAUGAACGGGCGCUGCAAGAGCUGAUCCGCACGGUACCGGGGAAUGAUCGGUGUGCCGAUUGUCAGGCACGGAAUCCAGGAUGGGCCAGUUGGAAUUUGGGUGUCUUCCUCUGCAUGCGGUGCGCGGCACUGCAUCGCAAGAUGGGUACGCACAUUUCCAAGGUCAAGUCCUUGAGUAUGGAUAGCUGGACAUCCGAACAGGUGGAGAACAUGAGGAAAAACGGGAAUGAGGCUGUGAAUAAGAUAUACAACCCGAGAAACGUCAAGCCACCUGUGCCUAUCGACAUUGACGAGGCCGACUCUGCGAUGGAGCGGUUCAUACGGCAGAAGUACGAACACCGGAGCUUGGAGGAUGGCAAGCCGAAGCCCCCCAGCAGGGACGACUCGGGCUAUCAUACUCACAAGUCGUCGGAGGACUCUCCGCCGCCUCUUCCUCCCAAGAGCGGGAGGAAGUUUGGAUUCGGUCUACGCUCCGUCUCUUCCACUUCGCAUCUCCCUCGAUCCUCCGACAAAAACUCGAAUCCGUCGUCCCCUCGAUCCGACACGUUCGGUUCUCGAUCGCCACCAGUCCCAAUAAACAAACAGUCUCGAGUGUUCGGCGCCAGCGUAGGGGAGAUGAGCUCAUCAUUUGAAUCCAAGCUGGCGGUCUUAAGGGACAUGGGUUUCCCCGAUGACAAGCGGAACGCUACCAUCCUUAAGGGCCUCAGCGGAAAUUUGGAGAGAACGAUCGAAUCGUUGAUUCGGCUUGGAGAAGGAAGCAGUCCGGGCUCUGGAGCCCGUACACCGGUUCCAAAGACGACUCCUCAACCUAGUCCCAAUCCCAGCACAUCUACCAACCCCUUUGAUCGGCUCGAUGAGAAGAACCCGACACAGCAGAACGCUUCCAGCGCGGCGCCAACCAAGUCAUACAAUCCUUUCGAUGUACCAACGAUCCAACAGUCUUCGCAACAGUCUUCGAUACAAUCUCUAGAAGCGUCAUUUCAGAACCUCCAAGUUUCUCAGCCUCUUUUCCCCCAUUCUACCGGCGGCUAUCCCAGUCAACAACAAGGGCCAGCUGCUUAUCAACAACCGCUGACUCCACCAGUUUUCCCGUCUUUGCAAUCCCCGCUUGUGUCCUCACCCCAGCCACUAAAUAGCAACUACAAUCCGUUUUUCCAGUCCGCCAUUCCGGCACAGUCCAGUGGUGGAAAUCCAUACUCCCCUCAAACUCGGAGUCUCUCACCAUCGAACCCUUUCUUUGGCCAUGCUUCGUCACAAGCCCAGCUUGGACCGUCGGCGUCUGCAUCUGUCUUCUCAGCACCAAGCCAGCAAAGGCAAUAUACAGACCCGACGCCAUCCUUUUCUACGUCUAUCUUCUCUCAGCCGCCACCGCAGCAGCAGCAACAACAGUACAGCUCACCCCAAACUUCAUCUAAUCCAUUUGCAUCGAUGACAGCCAGUGCCAAUCCAUCGAUCACUUUCCAGCAGCCUCAAGCGCAACCUCAAUCUCUUUACCCGUCGCAGCCCACCUUUCAGAACCAGCCUCAGCAGCUUGCACCACAGAAGACUGGUCGGAUCGAUAAGAACAGUAUCCUGGCUCUGUACAAUCUCGCCCCGCCCCCGUCUUCGUCUUCCACGACGGAACAGACGCAGCAGGCGCAGCAGACGCCGCAAUCGUCGGACCAGUCGCAGUUUUCAGCAGGUCCCAGUCCAGCUCCAUCGCUGUUGACCAAUUCAUUGGGAUCUACGCCGCAGACCCAGUCGUCGUUCAACAUCUCUACCCCACAACGUAGUGCCACAAUGCCAGAACCCAUGGGAUCGCCGACUUCAGGGUCACGAAACCCCUUCCUGAGUUCAACGACACCGUUUAGCUCGCAGCCGUCAACGACAGCCGCUGCGCCAGGCUCCACAGCUCCAUCUGGGCUUGGAAUUGGCCUUGGAUCCAAAACACCCCAAAUGAACAAUAUCCCUCCAAGGGGCCAUAUGAGCCAAGGCAGCGUUGACGUCAACGGACUGCAGAGUGGCCGUCACAGUCCCGAUGCAUUUGCAAAUCUGAGUGCACGAUACGCUUAG